GUUCAAUUUUAUAAAAAGAAUUAAUAAAUGUUUCAAAGAAUGAAUUUUUAUACACAUAUUUUUUUUUUGUUACAUUAGAAAACGUGAACCAAUUUGAGUGAUUAAUCUCGGGGGAAAGCCUUCUUCGGGGGCUGCUUUGUGAGGGGUUUUUCCUUGGGUCGCCGGAACACGCAAAGCUAAAAUCAGCCCGGCCGAUUCGACAUUUAUUUUUAAUACGCAAAGGGUUUGUUAUUGAGUGUGCGAGUCAUGCGCGCCAGACACGCAGGCGGGGGUUGUUUGGGUUGAAUCAAUAGCAUCACCGCCGACUUCAAAAACACGCCGAUUUUGGUCCCUUGGAAUUUCGCAUUUCUGGUGAAAAGCAGGCAGUGAAAAGCGGGUUUCAGCGUCUCUAAAGGUACAAAUACCCUUGCUGGGUAUAUGUUAGCUCACAUUGAGAGACUGCGGUCUUCCACUGCCUCGAAAUUUCAUCAUGUCGUCGUUUCACAGGGCCCGAGAGUUUGUAAACAGCCAAAAUGGUCGCCGUCCAACAUUCCAACAACAACGAGCAGCAGGACAGAUCAGUCGGCAAGGGCCGCCACCACCCCGUCAAUGGGGUCGCGGGCGACAGUUCCCCGGCUCAAAUCAACACGGCCCGAAUCAUCCUGAUCCGCUCGUGCGUCGUCUGUUUACAAAAGUGCAACAGAUGGAAUCACGAAUGAACCGCAUGAACAGUGCUAUGAACUCGCUGCGUGCCGAAGUUGUGAAUCUUCGAAGACAACAGCAAGAAGUACGUCAAACCACACCUCAAGCUGAUGUUCGUCCACAGACACAACGCCGCCAGUCGAAGUUCAUCCAUCCCAACAUACCCUGCCAUAAACCAAGCAGAAGAAUGGAGAGCUGGAAGUAGUUGUGCAUGCCGUAGCUUGUGACAUGGGACGCCAGAAGGGCCUUGCUGCCAAACUGGAGAGAGCUGUCCCAGUUGAUCGCUCUCAGUUCCCACCACUUCAUUGCCGCACUCCAGGCACAAUUAUUCAACAAUGGGAUAGUGACUCAAAUACCUUAAUUCUGCACUUGAACACUAAAUACUACAGCAGAAAUAAGUUGGCUCACAACCCAAAUCAAUUCAUACACAAUUACGUUAAUGCUUUUAAGUCGCUGCAUGAAUUCUGCAUGAUUAACAAUAUUCGUAAAUUUGCAAUGCCAAGAAUUGGCUGUGGCUUGGAUCAUCUUGACUAUAGCUUUGUUCAGUACAAAUUUCUGGAGAUUUUCUCUAACGAUGCUUUUGAAAUUCUAGUUUACUCUCCGGAGAAAAGAAGACGACGUACUGCAUCCCAGCUGAUUGCCGAUCCUCCUCAGCACCAAGUAGUGUUGAGUGAUACCCAGUCUGCCCCUAGUCGGUCGACUGCUGCUGAGCGAACAGCUGCUGAAGACCCAACCCAGUGCCUAGUUGUGCAGGGUGAUGGACACCAAGCACAGAGUUUGCUGGUGGUAGCUACAGAGACAACUCCACAAGAAGCUCCAACUGUUGGAAGUCUAGAAAUCCUUGCCGAAACAGCCACAACACUUCAGGAAGUGGAAGACAGUUUAGAAACAAAUUCUCUUGAUGUCAACAACACUGCAGUCAGCCCAGAGUCUGCUACUCCUGCAAAAGUGGGCAGGUUUAGCAGUGUAAAUGUGACUCAAAGGACUAAUUGUCCUCCAUCCACAUCAAGACGCAACUUAGCAUUUAAAGAUACUCAGUCCACAUCUGCAACCUCUUCAGUGCCUGUCGGAUCAAAGCGGCAUUUUUAAGCGCCUCUCGACAUGAUCAGUUUUGUAUAUCAGUAGUUUUAUGGAACUGUGAAGGUUUGACAAGUGCAUUACCAAAACUUCCAUUAACAGCGAGUUAUUUGAACUACGACAUCAUUGUGUUUUGUGAAACCUUCUUAAAAGACGGAGAUGUAGUAGACAUUCCAGGCUAUUAUAGUUAUCACAAAUAUGGAAUUGAACUAGGAGGAAAAAUCAGGAGAGGUAUUAGUUGUUAUGUAAAACCAUCCGUAGGCACAUUUCAAAAAUUGGAACUCACUGAUGAGUGUUUACUAGUAUUUUUAGAUCAACUCACAAUUGCUUGUUUUUACUGCCCUCCUCAACUCGACAAAAACGUUUUUCAAACCUCACUGCUCGACGCAUUGCAAUAUGUUGAUCUGGAUAAAAAUCUUAUUGUAAUAGGCGAUUUUAAUGCACGUAUUGACCCUGCAGGUAAACAAACAGCAAAUAAUAGCAGUAAAAAGUCUAUAAUAUUACUUGAACUACUCUCAGCACUUGAUUUAAAGUUAGCAAAUGACUGCUGUGAUUAUACAUUUAUUAGUGGAAUUGGCUGUUCUACUAUAGACUUAAUAUUUUAUGAUCCAUUUUAUAUGGAAUUAGUGAGCUGUUCUGCACUAGAAUGUAUUGAAAAUUGUAAACACAUCCCUGUUAAAGCCAAAUUUAAAUUAAAAAUUAAUAAUAGCUCUCAAAAUCCUGCAAAUGAAAGGCAAAAGCCUGUGUAUAAAGUUGAUGAGGCCUUAUUUGUUUUGAAUUUUCGGACCGCAUAUAACUCAUUAAUGAAUCAACUUGAAAAUAAUGAAAUUGAUGUGGCAUAUGAAGAAAUAUUACAAUUAAUACAUUCCUCUGCUGCAACCCCAGGUGUAUCACAGAGGGUUUCGAAACCAUGGUAUACUAAUGAUUGUCGGUUGCAGCAUCAAUAUAUACGGUCUUGGAAAUAUCAUCUUAACACUUUACAAGUAAAUAGCUCUGAGAAUAAUACUGACCCUGAUCCAGCAGGAACUGUGCAAUUUGAAAAAGAGGAAGCUCUCGAAAUUAUAUCAGUGGCAAAGUCUGAUUAUCGAGCUAUGUGUAAAGAUUCAAGAGAGUUAUUUAAUAGAAAACAGGAGGAAAAAUUAAUACUUGAAGCUGAGAAAACGCCCUAUUUGGUUUUGAGAAACUCGCAACAAAAACGAAUUACAUCCGCUGUACCAAUGUCUACUUGGGUGCAGCAUUUCUCAAACAUUCUAAAUGUGCAGAACUUGCGAGCAACAGAUUCACUUAACUUGUCAAGCCUACUUGAAGAUUACAAUGUUGAUUCGCCUUUCAUACCAUUCAUGGAUGAGGAAAUUUUGCUAGCCAUUAAAAAUUUAAAGAGUGGUAAGGCCCCCGGCCCAGAUAAAAUGUUAAAUGAACAUUUAAAACUCAUUGCGAAAUAUGAAUUUGUGCCUCUGCUUACAAAAAUGUUCAAUAAAUGUGCAGAAUUAAACAAAAUACCUGAGCAGUGGAAGUUGUCAAAUCUGAAUAUUUUAUAUAAAGGAAAAGGUGAAAAAUCUGAUCCAAACAAUUAUAGAGGUAUUGCAUUAAGUAAUGUUUUGUACAAAUUAUAUGACAAAGUUGUAAUUCGUCGUGUGUUCUCUGAAAUUCAGCCCAUUAUUCCGGCUGAACAGUAUGGCUAUAUGCCAGGACGUGGAGCAAUCCCAGCUGUCCAAAAACUACAUAAUCAUUUGAUCGAGGAAGUUUAUUUCAAUAAUAAUCCAGUGUAUGCUGCCUUUGUCGAUUACUCGAAAGCCUUCGACUCGGUAAAUCGGCAGAAACUUUUUGAUAAGCUGAUAUCUCUUCAAAUACUGCCAAAACAACUGCUCAAUAUUAUAGCAACUAUUUUGGACAUAAAUUUUUUGUCAAUUUUUGAUGGAGUUGCAAAUUCACAAAAAUUUGUUCAGAGUAAUGGUACCUUACAAGGUGGCACAUCCUCACCACUCUAUUAUAUUUUUUAUGUAUUUGAUUUAAAUCUUUAUAUCGAACAAAAUUUAAAAGAUGAAGUUGUCAUUUUCAAUUAUGCCGAUGAUACUGCCCUUCUUGCAAAACGACUUGAUAUGCUUCAGUCUGGACUGAAUCUCCUUGUUGAGUACUCAGAUAGCAAUGACCUUGUUGUCAAUGCCCAGAAGACUGUUGCCGUCAAGUUUCGGAAAGGAGGUCGAAUUAAAAACACAGAUAAACUAUUUUGUAAAGGCUCCGAAAUUAAAUUUGAGAAUGUAGUUAAAUAUCUUGGAGUGACUUUGAAUCACACGGCGAAAUCAUUUAACAAACAUGUAGAAUCUCGAACAUUAUUAGCAAAUUUGGCUACAUUUGAUAUAAAACAACUUCGUAUGUUGAGUGUAGAUGCAGCAAUCCGUCUCUUUUUUAUAAAGGUGGCGCCUAUUGCCAGUUAUGGCAUUACAAUUGCUUGGCCUUAUCUCACUCAAACAGAUCUCAGAAAUUUAAAUCUUGUUUUUAAUGCAUAUUUGAAACGCCUCUUGUGUGUACAUAAAUCAGCUCAGAAUAGAAUUGUGCAUUUAAUGUUGGAGGUUGAUUCAUUUAUUGGUUGUUUGCAAUCUAUGUAUAAUCUUCCAUACACACCUGCUUUUGGUACUUUGUUAUUCGAGAGAGAAAUGAAAUCGUUUGAUAUUCCUCCUGAUUUUCACAAUGCAAUUGUUACACUCCCGAUUAAAUGGAGAAGUCCUCUUCAACAGGACAGGCAUGUUUAUACUAGAAUAAUAGUUCAUGGAUUUCAUUAUAAAUUUUGUGUUAAAAAGGAAUAUCACUUUGCAAGCAAAGCAUGUAAAUGUAAAUUUUGUUCACAAUAUUGUAGUCAACACCACUGUUUAUUUUGUACUCGAUCGCCUUUUUCCUCCCUUGCUCAAAUGGCUGAUCAUCAAUAUUCCCGCUGAAAUACGCUCAAACUGAUUGUAAUGACUGUCCACCGAUAGGUGGUGCGCCUAGUUCUAUUUAGUAUGUAUAGCAUGUAUGUAUUAGUAGUUGUACGCAAACGCGUUUAAUAAAAGCAUUAUUAUUAUUAUAUCUCGGUCGGCGCGUGCACCACCCCGUGGCUCUGCGUAAAUCCCUUUCUUUUAUAUAACCUCUCGAAACACACUUCUUCUCACCCACUUCACACCGGGAAAAAAGGGGAAAAAUUUGAAGCAAAAUUCAUUGAGAAUUUUAAUUUUGCGAUUUGAAAUCGGGCGCGAACGGAAACGCAACCGGCACGGCGUUGGGGCAUAUUAUUAUUGAUCACGACAUGGCCGAGCCCAACCGUUUUAGCACCACCGGGUCGAGCAGCCCAAGUGGACACGUGGGUGUUGCUUCGUUCUUGGCCAGACGCUUCCGUGCUCCGUCGAGGGCGAUUGAUUUGCGACCGACUUGCGCCCACGAGACAAGAAAAAUACAUUCCUAACAAUCUUGCGGCAGAGAUAAAGUGCAAUCCCAAUAUUUUUUCCAAAUUACAUAAAUAUGACAGUGGAAUUUUCAUUUUAUUUAAUUAAGAUAUUCAAUGAAAAUAUCAACAAUUAAUAAUUAGUAUUACGAUUUAAAGUCGCAAAUUAACUUGUUUUAAUGAAGUUCUAAUGUCAUUAUAUCAAUUUUGAGAUAAACAUCUUAUCUACAACAAUAAAAAAAAAUUAUUUCCUCUUUC